AUGUCAAUUAUUAAAUCUAUUUCAUCAAUGAACCCAGUUAACAGUGCUUCAACUAUUUCAAUGUUAAAUUCAUCAGGAAGUACCUUGUUCUCUGAUAAUGAAUCAGCUUGUUUUGGUAAUAGCUUUGGUGGCUCAUGUUGUUUCAAUCCAUGUUUUAAUCCAUGCAGCAGUGGAAACAAUAACAUUAUAAAUAUUGAUAUUGAUAUUGGUCAUGAUUAUCUUCAUGACCAAGAAGAACAUCAAGAAGAAAAUCAAGAAGAACAAGAAUUCUCACCAACUCAAUCACCACCACACGAAGAUGAAGAAUUACAACAUCCACAUGUCCGUUUCAUUAUUGAUUUAAACAUAUAUUAUGAUCCAUCACCAAUACAAAAUAAAUUUUAA